AUGAGCAGCAAAGAAGAGCCGAGCAAGUGCUGUCCGGCGGCUGCUCCCAUCUCCAGUUUCACCAUCCAGUCCAUCCUGGGCAGCGGCAGCUCCGAUCCCCCCCGGGAAGCCGGCGACAGGGCGCCCGCCUGGCCCGCCCGCGCCCGCACCCUCUCGCUGUCCUCGGAGGACGAGGAGCCGGAGGAGAGCUGGAAGCACCGCGGCUGCUUCUGCCCCGAGGCUCAGGGCCCAGCCGAGGCGUGCCACAAGCACCAGGCGCUCAGCUUCACCUGUCUCGGCAGCGCCAAGGGGAGCGGAGCGGCGGCGGCGGGCAGCGGGGAGCGGGGGCCCUUCCUCUCACCCCCCCAGCAGGACUGUAAGGACGAGAAGGAGAAGCCGCUGGGACCUCCCUCGCCUUCCUGCGGGGACCGGCAGCGCGACGGCGGGGACCGGCAGGCCGGCGCCGCCAAGAAGAAGACGCGCACGGUGUUCAGCCGCAGCCAGGUCUACCAGCUGGAGUCCACCUUCGAUAUGAAGCGCUACCUGAGCAGCUCGGAGCGGGCCUGCCUGGCCUCCAGCCUGCAGCUCACCGAGACCCAGGUGAAGACCUGGUUCCAGAACCGCAGGAACAAGUGGAAACGGCAGCUCUCGGCCGAGCUGGAGGCGGCCAACAUGGCCCACGCCUCGGCGCAGACUCUGGUGGGGAUGCCGCUGGUGUUCAGAGACAAUUCCCUCCUCCGAGUGCCGGUGCCGCGGUCCAUCGCCUUCCCCGCCCCUCUCUACUACCCCGGCAGCAACCUCUCGGCCUUACCGCUCUACAACCUCUACAACAAGAUCGACUACUGAGCCCCGCGCCCGCCCCGUCGGGACCCGCACCGGGAGCGGGGCCGGGGCCGCCGCGGGGGCUCCGUGCGGGGCCUCGGGCCGCCCCCACGGAGGGGACACGGCACCGAAACUGAUGGGAGGGACGGGCACACGGAGAGCCCGGGGCGCCGGGGGCACCCCCGCUCUCCCCUCCUGCUAUCCUGCCACUUGAAAAGAAAAAAAAAAUUAAUUAAAAAAAGCAUUAUUUCAGAUCUGUAAAUAUUUUUAAAGAAAGUAAGAAAGAAAAAAAAAUUAAAGCGUUUUAAGCCUCGUUUGUAAAUUUGCCACCUCGGUCGCGUGU